AAUUUUUUCACUCAUGUUACACGUGGGUACUGCGCUUAAUAAUAUUUUUACAGUUCCGUUCUUAAUAAUAGUAAAACAUAUAAAUAUUAGAAGUAUAAUAUAAAGUAUAAUUAAAGUUUUCGUUUUAUAAAUAAUCUAAUGAAAAUGGCAAAAACCAACAGUAAGAUUUAUAUUUUUAUUCGUACUAUUGUAUAAUUCGACGGAUGCUAAUGAUAAUAUUGAUACAAUACAUUUUUUAAUUACAGUCAAAACAUUUCCGAAACAAUUUUUACUCGGGACGGCUACUUCGGCCAUUCAAGUGGAAGGAGCUUGGGACGAAGGUAUACAAUUGCGUAACGUAUAAUAAUAAUAUCACUGUUAUAUCAUAGCAAUUUAAAUGAAUUUAUAAAAUACUACUUGAAAUACAUUAUCCGGUUACUUUUUCGUUACACUUUUAUAAUUUUAAACUUAGCGUAAAAUCUGAAAAUUGCAUCUACAUUACAAAUACCAAAUUAAUCGAAACGACCAAUAUGUUUUACGUUAUACUAAAUUACACUAAAUUACAAAGAGAUUAUAUUCGAAAAUUAAAAUUCUCCAUAAAUAGAUUGAACGACGAUUUUAUUUCAUUAUCAAAUAUUUCAAAAAAAAUGCAUUAUAUAUUAUAUAGAUGAGGCAGGUUAUAUACAGAGUGUACCAAAACUAUUUAUCAAAUUGAAUAUAUUUUUUCUAUUGAAUAUUUUUAAGUUUUUAUUUUAUUUUUUGUAAAUUACAUUUUGGCGCUAUAAUUUAAAUGUAUUUUAUUUAUAUUUUAAUGUUAGAAAUUCGAAAUAUAAAAAAAAAAAAAAUCGUUAAAGCCUUUUCAAAAUAUUAUAUACCGGUUGUAUGCAUGAUAGUUUAUAACGGUCAUUGAAAUAUUUAAUAUAGCUAGUACAAAGUCCAAAUGCUACAAUAAUUUUCUUUUUUUUUUUGUAUACGAAUUUUAUAAUGAAAUUAGACGUUUUAUUUCAUUUUGAAUAUUAAAACAAUCAUUAUUGCGUAUUAAUAAAAACUGCUGUCUGACUUACAGUCAGAUUGAAAUAUAAAUUAUAUUAAAUUAUAACAGAACAACGUAAAAUAAUAAUUUUAUUAUCAUUAAAUUAACUAUAGAGAUAAUGAUUUUACUUUAAAUACUGAAAUAUAUCAUUAAUAAAAUAUUAUAGCACAUUAUAGAAUUACAAUUGAAAUGAGGAGCCACUCGGUUUUUAAUUGAUAAAAAAAAAAAUACACCGGAUAAAAAGAAUUCAGUAAAAUGUACGUACAAUUACCUCACUAGUAAAUUUUACCGGGCAAAUGUACAGAGUCCAUGUCUCUAUGUGUCUGUCACGCAUUCAUCUGAUACAAUUAUUCCAAUUCCAAUAAACGUAUACUUAUUUCUAUACAAUAGUGAUGUGCAUAUACAAUUUUGGAAGCUGGGUGCACUUUAACACAAAACUGCAUUGCAAUUAUCAUUAAUACACAAUAUAAAUUACGAAUAUUUGGGAAGUUGGUACAUCUACAGUUUUUUCGUUAAAAGAAUCUCUCAUUAACAUGUUGUGUCUCCACUGUAUUACUAACGAAAUAUAAGCAGCAAAAUUACACUUAGAACGUAAAUAUCGUGUUGUUUUAGUUUUAAAUAAAUUGGAGUUUAAUCACAAUCAACAUAAUUUAAAGAAUUAACGCCAUAAUAUAAUAAUCAACUUGGCUGUAGAUUUUUUUUAUGACAAUUUGUUGAAAAAAAAGACUUAUGUGCAGCACUAGGAAAUAUUCUCUUCUUUAGUUUUCAUUGCAACUCAAAUUUCAGUCUUGGUACCAUAAUUUACGUUCAUAAUAUAAGAGAAAAACGAUAUAGACAGAUUUUCACGGAACUAGCCUUUUAAGAAAUUUUUUUGAAUUUAGGAAAAUCGCCGUCGAUGUGGGACGAUCACUUUCACAAUGUCGGAGCGAAAAAGGCGAACAAAUACUACUUGGAUAUGCCGUCGUCGCUUUACAAUCAAUACAAGGCCAAAGGUGUGCAACCGAGACUGGCGGACAUGUAUAAAGGAAUGCCGGUGUACGAAAUCCCUGCGACAAAAAUCAUCAACGAAAGUUACUUUGACUAUAACGGAGACGUUGCCGCGGACGCGUACCACAAAACGGAUUCGGACGUUGCGCUUCUCAAAGAAUUGGGGGUGAGUUUUCGGCGACAAACCGUUAAAACAUCGUGAAAAUGAAAAAAAUUGUACAUUUGAUUUUUUUUUUUUUUUUAAUAAUAUUAUGCAGGUGAAAAUAAUAUUAUGCAGGUGAAUAUUUAUCGGUUUUCGAUAUGUCCGAUCAGAAUAGCUCCGGACAUACAUAGCAACGCACCGGGACAAGAGGGACUGGAAUAUUACAACAGAUUAAUCGACAAAUUAAUCGAAAACGGAAUAACGCCUAUGGUAAGUCUUACCUAUAUAUUAUAUAGUGACCUAAGUGAGUGGAUCAGAACAGAAUGAAGUCCUUUCUCUUAUUUUCGGUAAUAUUAUCCAUCCCUUUAAGUUUAAGUCUUUGAAGUUCGGUGGCACACUUGAGAUAUUGUCACCAAAACAGAAAUUUCGAAUACAAUUUUAAAAACUCAAAUUUGUUUUAUUAUAAAUAAAUCCUUUAUUACCUAUUAAAUUGUACGUAAUCAGAGUUCGUUUUACUUAAUAUUUACUAAGUGGGCAUGAUAUGCGCGGGAUAAUAUUUCAAGGGAGUGGUGCAGUUCAUUCUUAUAUUAGUAUAAAAUUUUGGUGAAAAUAAUGUGUGCGAUAGAAAAACGUUUUGGAAUUAUUGUGUCCACGAUUGGUUUCCUGUCGGUGUGGUUAUAUUCAAUUAGGUUUCGGGAACGCCCCUAAAUUUUCGGUCAGUAAAAAUAUACUAACAUACAAACAGCGCUCGAAUUGAUAUAAUAAAUGAAGAGAAACUAUGAGUCUUAAAAAAAUUAUCCUACCUUGCGAUUAUUGAAUUCGACAUAACACUUCGGUGGCAUUAAUCCCCGCACCGUCCUUACAAAACUUUUCAAAUAAAGGUUUUGCCAUAUUAAGUGAUUUAUAAAAAUAAAAAAAGAAACAACUUGUAAUACUCCCACAGACCACGUUUUUUUUUCCUAGGUGUUUAUAUUUUAUUUUGCGUACAUUACCAUAAAAUAUGUGUCGUUAUAACAUUGAAUUUAAGUAGUUUAAAAUACGUGUUUUUUUUAAAAAAAAUAUCAAUUACAAAAAGAAACGUUUCAUCCAUCCGUCCAAGUAGAAAUAACAAAUGAGGGGACGUUAAAUAUAUAUAUAUAUAUAUAUAUUAUAAAAGUUUCCCGCAAUUGAAGUACAGUAUAUUAAGUUUAAGUAUAUCUAAGAAUAAUUAUAUACCUAAUACCUCAUAUCACAACCCAAAAUUACCCCAUAGUGCCGAUUAAAUAUCUACGCAGUUGCGCGUCAUAAACGUUUUAAUAAGUAGUAAAUUCCAAUAUUUUCUUCCUGUUAAAUACUCUCAAGCAAAUUUUGUGUUUUUUUUUUGGUCAUUUAUACCAAUACCGAUUAUCCGGAAUGACAUUUUAAUCUAUAUUAAAAAAAAAAAAUCCAAAAUAUGCGAUCUAAAUAUUCAUUCGCACGUUACAAUCGUAUUAAACCAUGAAACACAUAUUACUAUAAAUGAGCUAUUUUUCUUUUGUUUAUUCUUAGGCAACGUUGUACCAUUACGACGGCUCGUCGGAAUUAGAUGUUUUUGGUGGACAUUUACACCCAUACGCCGCAACGAUCUUCGAGGAGUACGCCAGAUUGUGUUUCAAUACGUACGGCGAUCGAGUGAGUUAUCUUAUAUAUUAUAUACUAUACGAUAAUAUAAAAACCGUUUUUUGUUACGUUUUGCUGAUUGACCAUGGCGACGAAACAUAAAAUCCAAAAUAGUCUUUCAUAUGACGGACAUACAAUUAGUUAGCAUAAUAAAUAAAAUUAUCGUUGAUAUUUUGACAAGAAUAUUGUAAACUAUUCGGUUGUAGACAUAUAUCUUUGCAAAAACAUGUUGUGUUUUAUCUAGACAAUUUUUUUAUAAAAUAUGUAUAUUUGUUUCUUUUAUCUUAUACGGAUAAAUGAGAAACAUAUUAUUCGAGAUAAAUAAUCGGAUCAUCUAGAAGCUAGAUACAUUUAUCCAGAUUCGUAUUUUUCACUCGUAGUUUAAAUAUUCAUUAGAAAUGAUUAGGUAAAAUAAUUUUUAUUGAUAGGGUUUCAUAAUUUAAUGAAUAAAAUAGACCAAUCGCACAAGUUUUGCGAAAUGUCGAUAUCUCUUUUAAAUUUAGUACAACUCUAGCCAAUCGAUAUAUCAUUAUUUUUAAUAAUGAACAAAAUUAUUUAUUUUAUUCGAGCAUAGACAAAAAGUUAUUGAUUGUUAAUUUUCAACUAGAUAAUAAAAUGUUUCCAGAUGUAGAUUCUGCUAUUCAUUAAGAUAAUUAUUUGAGCAAUUCUCUUGUAGCCUGUAUUUAUGAAAACAGUUAAAAAAUGUAUCAUUACGCACAGCGAUCAAUUAACGCACGAAUAUUGUAACUAAAACAUAAAACAUUGUUAUAUUAAACGGGUAUCUGUGUAUUAAGGUAAAAUAUUGGACGACAACUGCCGACAUACAAGUGAUCGCCGAGGGACACGGUUCCGAACAUUUUAUUCCCGGAUUUCAAGAACACAAGUUCAGUGGAAUUCUAGAUUACAUAGCGUUAAAAAACAUGUUGGUUGCUGCGUCCAAAGUUUGGCACUUGUACCGUAACGAAUUUCAGGAAAAGCAGAAAGGUAUAAUACAAUAUUAUACAAUACUAAUACCUAUUAUUAAUGUACAUUUUGACGAAAAAAAAACGAUUCAAUUGUUAACAUAAAUUGGCGUUUUAUGAAAAUAAUGACGAAAAUAGUAUUAUUGUCGUAUAGGCGAAUGUAGCAUUACCAUCGAAGGAUCGUGGUUCUAUCCUGAAGACUCGAACAAUCCGGAACAUCAGCGAAUAGCUGAAUUAGCGCGUUUGUCGACCGUACGUGAACAUCUAUAAAAUAAUAUUUUUUUCCUAUUUCAAUACGAUUUCUACUGCGGUAAUAUUUCAGUUCGGUAUGGUAGUGCACGCUCUAGCCGACGGAGAAUAUCCUGCGGAAGUGACAGCGGCCGUCGAACGAAAUAGCAAAGCAGAAGGAUUUCCAGCGGAUCGUCUGAACAAAUGCAAUGACGACGAAAAAAAAACAGUCAUCGGUAACAUUUUAUUCAAUAACAAUUUAAGGUCUACAAUCGAACCUUAAAAAACGUGAGGGUUUGGAGCUGUAAAAAGAAUGAAAAAAUAAAAAAAAAUGUUUGUUAUCGUUAAUAAUGGAUUUUAUAUUCACGAAAUUUAAACAUUAUCAAAUUUACAAAAUAAAAUAAAAUCAUUUUUGCACGUUAAAUCGGGUUUAUGUACUACACUACUGUUUGGUAUACUGGUACAUUAAAUAUUUUGAACCCGUAUUGUUUGUAUAGUUCUUUAAACAGAAUUAUAAUUAUCAAACACGUAUAGGGACACCCUGAUUGGAUUAAUGAAACACAUAAUGACUUCUGUAAACUAUCAUAAAAGUAUAUGAAAAACCAAAAUUUACAGUUCAUCCCUCCAUACUUAGGUGCAUACGAUUUCAUUGUAUUCAAUUACUACAACAGCGUAAAAGUGCGACCAAUGACCGCAGAAGAAAUGGCUAAUGAACCGAAUCGUAAGAGAAGGGAUCGAGGUUAUUUCAUGUCGUUCAAUAACAUAACUCCAGCCGAAGUACAUACUUUAUUGUAUUUAAAUUUUAAACUAACAAAUCUAACUCUGAUAUAUUCUCGAAUUUAUUGUCGAUUUUAAUUAUUCUAGACAUACGAGGGAUUUUUAAAUUGCCUGAAAUAUAUCGACCAAGUAUUGAAUCAUCCGAAAAUUUUCAUCGGAGAAAACGGAUUUCCCGAGGACGAAGGAUGUGAUAACAGUGUCCAAAAAAUAGCUUAUCAUAAAGUAAGUAAAAUAUAUUAUUUAUUCGUUUAAUUGAAAUGGUCAUAUGUCUACAGCAAAAAAAAAAAAAAAAUCGCCGCUUUAACAAUUGUUUAGAUCAUAUUUAUUCUAAGUGAAUACUGAACAUUAUAUUAUUUUUUCAGGGAAUUUUGAACAAACUUCUAGAAGCAAUUGAUCAAAACAUCAACGUGUUUGGGUACUGUGUCUGGUCGUUCAUCGAUACUCUAGAAUUCGGAUUCGGCUAUCGGUAACUAUUUAAAAUUUGUAUUUAUUUAUCGGGUUUACUUAAUUUUAUCGUCUAAUUUUAGGAAGAAAUAUGGAAUUUACGCCGUAGACUUCGACGAUGAAUCAAGGCCGAGGACGAAGAAAAAGAGUUUUUCGUUUUUCCAAAAGUUAUUCAAGACAAAGAUUUUGGAAAUCGAAAAUUAAAUUUAUUCGAAAUAUAGACGUAGUGAAAUUAUUAAAAAAAAAAAGGGAAAAAUAACAAUUUUAUAGUGGUAUUAUAAGAUUAUUUUACCAUAUAAUAUAUAUUAUUACCAUCUUAUAUUAAUGAAAAGUAGUGGAAUAUUACAGUGGCGUAUUUAAUUUUUGUAAAAAUACAAAUUUUAAAUUCUUAUUUAAUUAUUAAAGAAUUUCAAAUGUUAUAGCGG